UGUGGGGCCCCUAACUAUAAGAAAGGAGGCCACUCGGCGGUUCAGCUCAGUUCCUCGCUCAAGAUGAAACUCCUUGUGCUGGCUGCUCUGCUCUCCGUGAGCGCUGCUGCUCACAUCAUCACCCCGCGGGCUCUGUGGCAGUUCCGAGACAUGAUCAAGUGCGCGAUCCCGGGGAGCCGGCCCUACUCCGAGUACAACAACUACGGUUGCUUCUGUGGCCUGGGUGGCUCAGGCACCCCUGUGGACGAGCUGGACAGGUGCUGCGAGAUACACGACGCAUGCUACACCCAGGCCAAGCAUUUGGAGAGCUGCAAAUCUGUCAUCGACAACCCCUACACCAACUCCUACUCCUUCUCGUGCUCUGGCACCAAUAUCAUCUGUAGCAGCAAAAAUAAAGAGUGCGAGGAAUUCAUCUGCAACUGUGACCGUGCAGCUGCCAUUUGCUUCUCCAAGGCUCCAUACAAUGAGAACAACAAGAAUAUAAACAAAAAGGAACGCUGUUAGAAAGCAGUGUCUGAGAAGCUUCCGCCUACCUAGCUAGUGCCCUGCACCUUACCCUGUGCCCUCCAAUAAAGCGACUUGUUGAAGCUGG